AUGAGCCAGGUUAUCAACCAAACUAGACCAGAGCGUCGCAGCUUUGUUUCUAGAAUCACGAACGAGACCAAAAUACAAAUCGCUUUGUCUUUGAACGGUGGUCAUGUUGAGAUUGAAAAAUCGAUACUGGGAGCCAAAAAAGCCGAAGAUGUAGCAUCUCAAGCCACCAGUUCACAAGUUAUUGAUGUCCAAACAGGUGUAGGCUUUCUAGACCAUAUGAUUCAUGCGCUUGCCAAACAUUCGGGCUGGUCGCUAAUAGUCGAAUGCAUAGGCGAUUUGCACAUUGAUGACCACCAUACAACAGAAGAUUGCGGUAUUGCUCUGGGUCAGGCUUUCAAAGAGGCUGUGGGUGCCGUGAGGGGUGUCAAAAGGUUCGGAACCGGCUUCGCACCUUUGGACGAGGCACUCUCAAGAGCAGUGGUGGAUUUGUCAAACAGACCUUACGCAGUUAUCGACUUGGGUCUAAAAAGAGAAAAAAUCGGCGAUUUGUCCGCCGAGAUGAUUCCUCAUUUUCUAGAGAGUUUUGCCGAGGCUGCUAGAAUUACUUUGCAUGUGGAUUGUUUGAGAGGAUUUAACGACCAUCAUCGCAGCGAGAGCGCCUUUAAGGCUCUUGCUGUGGCCAUUAGAGAAUGCUUGUCGAGCAAUGGGACAAACGACGUGCCUUCCACCAAAGGUGUGCUUAUGUGA